AGAGGAAUGAAGCACUUUGCUUCAGUGUGGGAGCAGGCUCCGAUUCAAGCAAUGAUGUUGCCGUAGAGCAAAAGAACUGGCCACUUAAAGGAGGAAUGGAGACGCGCUAUACCUUGCUGGCACAGAGCAAGGAUUACAACAAUCGAGAGCCGGAACUUUCACAGCAGAAUACAGAAAUCAUCAGCAAGCCCUGGCGGCGUUGGGCCUACGGCUAUCCGGGAAAUUCACAGCCAGCAGUGCCCCCCAACUUAAACCUUCUGGGAGCGCUGAUUAACUUGCCCGGCUUACUAAUGAUUGGCGUUAAUUUGGGGGCAUUAUUGUAUCUGCUGCUCGGAAUUUUGGGCCUGACGCCUCCACGAUCCUGGCCAGCUUCACACCCUCAUGAUUUUUAUCGCAAUAAUAGACACAUUGUUGAUGAUGAUGGUGUUGAUGGUGGCAAGGAAACGUCGGUAUAUUUUUAAAGCGUGUCGCUGAACUUAUUCAAAGCAAAAACUUACAAAAAAUAUA